GCAGAGAGCCGCUGCGCCAACCUCUCGCGUCUGGCGGCCGCCCCCGUGGAGGUGACCCUCUUCUACGAGAGCCUGUGCCCGGCGUGCCGGGGGUUUCUGGUCCAGGAGCUCUUCACAGACUGGUUGGUCCUGCAGGAGAGGAACGUCAGCGGGAAGUGGCAGUUCCAGUGCCAGCACGGCCCGGAGGAGUGUUUGGGCAACAUGAUCGAGACCUGCCUGAUGCACGAGGCCAAGAACUUCAGCACUUACUUCCCCGUCAUCUUCUGCCUGGAGUCGGGCAGCUCCGUCACCAAGAACCUGGAGGCC